CACGAGCUAUGCUAAAUUACAUUCACAUUUAAUAUGAGUUCCCUUUUCAAACGCGUCUUGAACCGUUACAUUGGGACUGCAAAACAUCAGUUUUCGAGAGAUGCAAGUCUUGCUGUCGGAAGAAAUCUACCGGCGGUCUCCAGGAUGACCGUUAAACAGGCCGCGAGACUCUGGGAGCAGCAUUUUCUAGAGCAUGACAUACCCGAAGCACGGUUAUCCAGCCAGUAUAUUAUCGCUCACGUUUUAGGAGCGAAAACGUUGGAGAAUGUGGAACAGAGAAGAUUGGCAGAGUUCCUGACAGACGCACAGACAGAGAGGGUUUGGGAGCUGUGUUCAAAACGUCUGACCAGAAUGCCGGUGCAGUAUGUGAUUGAAGAAUGGGAUUUUAGAGAAUUGACUCUAAAGAUGAGACCACCGGUGUUCAUCCCACGCCCUGAAACAGAGGAACUGGUUAGUUUAGUACUUCAGGACCUCCAGGCACAGCCCUACGGUGGGAAGACUGGGACAACUGGUUUACAGUGUUUGGAAGUGGGCUGUGGUUCUGGUGCCAUUUCUCUCAGUCUGCUCCAUGGCCUCCCCCAGCUCAGAGCAGUUGCAGUCGAUCGAAGCCCAGAAGCAGUGAGUCUGACCAGAGAAAACGCCAUGAGGUUGGGACUCCAGGACAGACUCCACAUUCAUCAGCUUGAUGUGACAAAAGAUGGUAGUGAGAUAGUGGAGACCUGUGGGGUAGCACAGGUGCUGGUCAGUAACCCACCAUACCUCUUCACUCAGGACAUGGAGAUACUGGAGGAGGAAAUUCUCAGGUUUGAAGAUCACAGGGCAUUGGAUGGAGGAGGAGAAGGCCUCUCUGUGAUCGGAGCCAUUCUGGGCCUGGCUCCACAACUUCUGUCUGAGCAAGGACGAGUCUAUUUGGAAGUGGAUCCACGGCACCCUCCUCUGAUCCAGGAAUGGGUGGAGCAAAGGACUGUGGGAUUGCAGUAUGUCGAAACACGCUGUGACAUAACAGAAAGGCCACGCUUCUGCAUCCUACAGAAAGGAGAGAAGAGGAGGGGACAGUGAAGGAGAGAG